AUGUUAGGCGGAGUUAGUCGAAGGAGGAGGAGGAUGGCCGGGGUUUGGGGAAGUUGGACAAAGUGCGUUGAAGAGGGAUGGGUUAUAUUAGCUGAGAAGAUCGCUGAAGUUCUUCAGCGAUCCUUGAUUGUUGACAGGAGAACGGAGGAGGCCGUAGCGGGAUUAGUGAGACGGGGACGGGAACGGGUUUUGGGGCCAAAUGAAUUACGACCAGGGGCUUCCGAAAAUCAGAACGCUUCUCCUCCUCCCUUGGAAUCCCGCGAGCGUAGUCCUCCGCAGGGUGUGCAGAAUCCCGCUGUCCAGACCCCGUUUACCGGCGUGCCUAUGCAACAUCCCGCGGUAGCUGGUCUAAGUUCGGGGACAAAGGUCUCGUAUCGUACUCCAUUGGCUUGA